AUGCUACUACAGCCGAGUCUCUGCUGUUGGGCAGGAUUCAUCUCUGUCACUGGUUUCUUUGGUUCUACAUUAGCUGCAAGCACUGCAGAAUGGAAAAGACGAUCGGUGUAUCAAACCAUGACGGAUCGAUUCGCUCGUACAGACGGCUCAACAACACAUGCGUGCAAUACCACAGCAGGGCUUUACUGUGGAGGAACGUGGAGAGGCAUGAUCAAUCACCUGGACUACAUUCAAGGAAUGGGUUUCGACGCGGUGAUGAUCUCACCAAUCAUUGAAAACAUUGCUGGUAGCGUCUCGUACGGUGAAGCGUACCAUGGAUAUUGGCCAUCGGACUUUAAUGCUCUCAACACCAACUUCGGAACGAAGCAAGACUUGCUAGACCUCAGUGCCGCCCUUCACGAUCGCGACAUGUACUUGUUGAUGGAUACUGUCAUUAACAACAUGGCAUAUAUCACUAAUGGAGAAAACCCGGCCACGCACAUUGAUUAUUCUGUCUUCAAGCCUUUCAACAACGCAGACUACUUCCACACGUAUUGCAAAAUUACAGAUUGGGAGAAUAUGACAAAUGCACAGCUUUGUCAAACGGGUGACACUUCUGUAGCCUUGCCUGAUCUCUAUACAGAGCACGAGGACGUUCAGACACUCUUGGAAAACUGGGCCUCGUCCGCAAUCGACACAUAUUCCAUUGAUGGGCUGCGUAUCGAUGCCGCCAAGCACGUCACCCCGAGUUUUUUAAAGAAUUUUGGCGACAAGGUUGGCGGUUUCAUGACUGGAGAAGUCCUGGAACAAGAUCCCAACAUUAUUUGCAGCUAUCAAGAAAAAUAUAUCGAAAGUCUUCCCAAUUACCCGAUCUAUUACGCCAUGCUGGAGGCCUUCACACUUGGAAAUGUCUCCAGGCUCGGACAAAUUUCGCAAGUGAUGAAGUCGUCAUGUCCGGACGUUACAGCGCUCUCCAUGUUCUCUGAAAAUCACGAUCAAGCCCGUAUUGCCAGCAAGACUAAGGAUAUGUCGCUUGCCAAAAACAUCCUGGCAUUUACAAUUUUGUUCGAUGGCGUUCCAUUAAUAUACCAGGGACAGGAACAACAUCUCAGUGGAAACGGUGUCCCAGGGAACCGAGAGGCUAUAUGGCUUAGUGAUGGUGGCUACAAUACCGAUGCGCCGCUUUAUAAAUUCAUCAAGACGCUCAAUCUCAUUCGGAGACAGGCCAAUAAGCUAUCGCCUACUUUUGCGGACACUGCAAGCUACCCUAUCUACCAAGGAAGUAGUGAGAUCGCUUUCACAAAGGGUGUUGAAGGACAACAAAUGAUCAUGCUUUUAAACAACCAGGGAGCAAAUGGCGGUUCCUACGACUUCAAGUUGACCAACACCUACGCCGGAAAUACGACUGUCACAGACGUCCUGACUUGCGCCAACUACACGGUCAAUGAAUACGCAGAGAUCGAACUGACUCUGGACAAGGGACUACCCCAUGUGUUUUACCCCACCUAUUUGAUGCCUGGCAGUGGACUAUGCGGUCACUCUUCCAAUAACAUUUCUUACGAAGACCUGGCAACGUCUCGCUACAGUGCUGGGGUCCUGAACAAAGGCGCUUCUGAUUAUGCUAUUUGGGUCGCUUUGCUUUCAACCGCGAUGGCCUUCAUGACGAUUCUUUGA